GCCGGCCUCCAGGUCGUGGGCGCGGGGCCUCCGGCCUCUCGCUGGGCGCCGCCCCCGGCCCGGCCCGGCCCGGCCCGGUCGCUCGGCUCGGCUCGGCUCGGCCAGGCGGGGCUCCGCGCACUCGGAGCGGCAGCCGCCUGGGGCGCUCGGGUCGGGUCGGCCGCGGGGACGCUCAGCUCCCGCCAAGUCGCCGCCUCAGGUCAGAGUCGCCCCGGGCCACGCGGCCGGCCGGAGGGACGCGGAAGGAGAGACCCGAGGCGCUGCGCUGGGGUACGGGGUCGUGCGCGGCCUGAGGGGACCGAGUGUGACGACAAAGUGACCGGACUGAGGAGCGGUUACCACACUCUGACAGGACUCUUGUGUGACUGACAGCCUGACGGCGGGCGGCGGCGGCGACUCCCGGCUGAGAGGACGCGGACUGACAGGACUGGGUGACAGACAAGAUUUGAAAGAAGCUAACUGCGAACCACUGAUAUCCAAGAAAGACAUUUUUUAAACAAGGACUACCCUUUACAGAAAUUACCAUGGUUGACACAGAGAUACCAUUUUGGCCCACCAACUUCGGGAUCAGCUCUGUGGACCUCUCUGUGAUGGAUGAGCACUCCCAUGCCUUUGACAUCAAGCCCUUCACCACGGUUGAUUUCUCCAGCAUUUCUGCUCCGCACUAUGAGGAUAUUCCCUUCACAAGAGCUGACCCAAUGGUUGCUGAUUACAAAUAUGACCUGAAGCUCCAAGAAUACCAAAGUGCGAUCAAAGUAGAACCUGCAUCCCCACCUUAUUAUUCUGAGAAGACCCAGCUCUACAACAGGCCUCAUGAAGAGCCUUCCAACUCCCUCAUGGCCAUUGAGUGCCGAGUCUGCGGGGAUAAGGCGUCAGGCUUCCACUAUGGGGUUCACGCUUGCGAAGGAUGCAAGGGUUUUUUCCGAAGAACCAUCCGAUUGAAGCUUAUUUAUGAUAGGUGUGAUCUUAACUGUCGGAUCCACAAAAAAAGUAGAAAUAAAUGUCAGUACUGUCGGUUUCAGAAGUGCCUCGCCGUGGGGAUGUCUCACAAUGCCAUCAGGUUUGGGCGGAUGCCACAGGCCGAGAAGGAGAAGCUGUUGGCGGAGAUCUCCAGUGAUAUCGACCAGCUGAACCCAGAGUCUGCUGAUCUCCGGGCCCUGGCGAAGCAUUUGUAUGACUCAUACAUAAAGUCCUUCCCGCUGACCAAAGCCAAGGCGAGGGCGAUCUUGACAGGAAAGACAACAGACAAAUCACCAUUUGUCAUCUACGACAUGAAUUCCUUAAUGAUGGGAGAAGAUAAAAUCAAGUUCAAACACAUCACCCCUUUGCAGGAGCAGAGCAAAGAGGUGGCCAUCCGCAUUUUCCAAGGGUGCCAAUUUCGAUCCGUGGAAGCCGUUCAAGAGAUCACAGAAUAUGCCAAAAACAUCCCUGGUUUCAUUAACCUUGACUUGAAUGACCAAGUGACUCUGCUCAAGUACGGUGUCCAUGAAAUCAUCUAUACAAUGCUGGCCUCCCUGAUGAAUAAAGAUGGAGUCCUCAUAUCAGAGGGUCAAGGAUUCAUGACCAGGGAGUUCCUCAAAAGCCUGCGGAAGCCCUUUGGUGACUUUAUGGAGCCCAAGUUUGAGUUUGCUGUGAAGUUCAAUGCACUGGAACUAGAUGACAGUGACUUGGCCAUAUUUAUAGCUGUCAUCAUUCUCAGUGGAGAUCGCCCAGGCUUGCUGAAUGUGAAGCCCAUUGAGGACAUCCAAGACAACCUGCUGCAGGCCCUGGAGCUCCAGCUCAAGCUGAACCACCCGGAGUCCUCACAGCUGUUCGCCAAGGUGCUCCAGAAGAUGACAGACCUCAGGCAGAUCGUCACAGAGCAUGUGCAGCUAUUGCACGUCAUCAAGAAGACGGAGACGGACAUGAGCCUUCACCCCCUGCUCCAGGAGAUCUACAAGGAUUUAUAUUAGCAGGAAAGUCCUGCCCGCUGGCGUGUUCCUUCUUUCGAUUGCACUAUUAUUUUGAGGGAAAAAAUCUGACACCUAGGAAAUUUACUGUGAAAAAGCAUUUUAAAAACAAAAGGUUUUAGAACAUGAUCUAUUUUAUGCAUAUUGUUUAUAAAGAUACAUUUACAAUUUACUUUUAAUAUUAAAAAUUAUCACAUUAUGAAACUGUUUAUAGUGUCUAACGAUCGACCGUGUGUUUCCCAUUCCGCCAUUGCAGAUCUGGGGCGGAUUUCUCCAUCUUAUUUCUUUCCUGUUCUUUGACACGUGUGUGUACUCAUGUGUGUGUGUGUGCAGGGGCUGUGCCUGUUCAUGGAGGCCUAGAGGUGGCUUUAAGGACCAUGCUCAGCUACCUAGUUUGAGAGAGGGUCUUUCAGUGGCCUGAAUCCAACAAAUACAGCUAGAC